GCCUCCUGCUGCUGUUUCUCUUGGCCUCGUCCAUGUUGGUUCAGGUGUACAGCUGGCUGUGGUACCGCUACGAUGAUUUUAAGAUGAAGACAAAGAUUGAGAAGAAGCCGAGCCAGUGCCAGCUCAAGCUGCUGCAUGUUUUCCAGCUGGGGAUCUUCUUCAGGUAUGCAGGAGUCAUGGAGAAGUCUGUGCAAAGCUUAUACAGAAAGCGCGCUGACGCUGAGAGUGUGGCCAAGUUUCUGAGACAGGAUCUCCGCAUUUUGCGCUUCAUAGAGACGUUUUCAGAGAGCGCCCCGCAGCUUGCUCUCAUGCUCACCAUCAUUCUGGACAAAUGUCGGCUGGAUCCUGUUACAGUGUUGAAGGCCAUCGGCUCGACUUUGUCCAUCGCCUCCUUUUUGACCACCUACGAUCACUCAAUGCGCACCUUCCUGCCAGAGAAGGAAAAACACCACAUGAUCUCAUUAGUUUUCUACUUCAUCUGGAACCUGGUUCUCAUCUCUUCUCGAAUCGCUGCUAUCGCUCUUUUCGCCUCCGUGCUGCCCUGCUUCAUCUUCGCCCACUUCAUCUGCUCUUGGCUGGUUUUAUUCUUCUUCGCUUGGCGAUCCAAGACCAACUUCAUGGAGGACCCUCGUGGAGAAUGGCUUUACAGAACCACUGUUGGCCUCAUUUGGUAUUUUAACUGGUUUAGUGUGGCCAAGGGGAUGAGGAUCAGGUCCGUGCUCUAUCACGCGUAUAUCCUUAUUGAUAUUUGCAUCCUCUGUGGUUUGUGGUGCUGGAAGAUGAGCACAGAUCCUUCUGAUUUUGUGACACACCCUUUAACCACAGCUGCCUGUGUUGUUGCAGUUUACGUCCUUGGUCUGUUAUUUAAAGUUAUUUAUUAUACGUUCUUCCAUCCAAACCUUGAUAAAGAUAAGCUGAAAGGGGCCACCAUCACAGAGGAGCAACCUGAAGAUGAAGAGCGUCCCCUUAAGGCCACUGACAAUAAAAGAAUGAGGAAGCUGGCCGAGAACUUCUUCUGCUGACCUGCAUCAUUUGACAUCCACAAGACGUGGAGAUUAGAAAGAGACUGAGUCAUGUAGGUCACACGGCUGUGUGGGACUGAGGACUCUGACCUGCUGCUUGAUUAACCACAGAUACAAUAUCUUAUGAUGUCAUUCAGGUUUAUCUGGGGAUAAAUUUACAGAAACCACUUUUCUCUGUAUUAACUUGUGCUUUCCUCUAAUGAAGCAUUUAAAAUGCCUCACUUGUUACAUGCUUGUAUGAAAUAGUGAUGGGUUGACAAAGAGAUGAGUUUGCUAAUGCUAAUGAAUGGGUCUGCCUCCCUAAAAUAUAUGACAGUAUUAAACCAGUAUAAAAAUCAUGUUUACAAAAUU